UUAAAAAAAAUACUUAAAUUACCCUCGAAAGCAUCUCCCUCUCUACAAUAUCGCUUUAUCUCUCUCACCGUCUCUCUCCCAAGAACAGACCUCAGAGCUCCAGUGCCUUUAAUGGCAGAACCAGAAGCCAAGCCAGAGCUUAAAGAAAUUGAAGAACACGCGGAACCUCCUCUCGUAUACAAGACGUGGAUUUUGAAAGUCUCGAUCCACUGCGAAGCCUGCAAGAGGAAAGUUAAACGAGUUCUCAAGGACGUUGAAGGAGUUUACGAAACGGAUAUCGAUUGGAGGCAACAGAAAGUAGUUGUGAAAGGUAACGUCGAAUCGGAAACUUUGAUAAAGAAAUUGUUGAAGACAGGGAAGCACGCGGAGCUCUGGCCGGAAAAUUCCGAUUCCAAGGGAAAAAAGAAAGGAAAAUCGAAGAAGAAAGAGAAACAAAGCGACUCUGAAAGCUCCGACGAAAGCAGCGGCCAUGAAGACGAAAAGGAAAAGGUGAAAUUAGAAGUCCAGGACCCGACGAAAAUUGGAGACACCGCCGGGAAAAUCACUGACGACGGCAGUGGUGGCCAAGCGAAGCAGCCUGGUUCUGCUCCGGUAGGCGACGGCCAAACCAGCGGCAGCGGAGGCAAAAAAAAGAAGAAGAAAAAGAAGAAGAAGAGUAGCGGUGGCGGUGGCGGAGGCAAUGCCGGCGGUGAAGCUCCCGGUGAUGCUUCAGCGAUCGGAGCACCGCCGCCCGGUCCAACUCCGGGUCUUCCAGAACCCGGUCCACAACCCCUAACCGGCCCCCUUCCAAUUCUAGCGAACGAGAGCUCUCCACGUCACUUCGUGACUCAAUACGCACCACAUUCCUUUACGCACCCACUUUAUUCUGUGCGGUACAGUACAGCAUACGCUACAUGUUCUCAGCCCCAGCCCGAAUCAUAUUAUGCCACGCCGCAGCAAUAUUCCUAUGCGCACGUGCAUCCUGGAGUACGACACGAGUUUGACAUCCCGCCGUCCGAUUACGAGCCAUAUUCAUCACAGCCGUCCGAUUCUCUCGAGAUAUUCAGCGAUGAAAAUCCAAAUGGGUGCUCAAUCGUGUGAGAGAAUUUUUGUUCGCCCAAAUUACCAUAUUGAACACCGUAGAUGCAAAAUCUCGAACCACUUGUAGAGUAUGUGGAGGGGUAGUUUCGUAAAUCUCUCUUUUGGUAUCAUGGUAUGUUCUGAAUCCUCGAGUCUCUC